CUUGCUGUGCUGGAAUGUGGCGGCGGCGACGCGGGCGGCGGCGGCCCAGGUGCUGAUCCCCGGCUGCUCCCCGCUCCUGACAUCCAGCGCUGGCAGCGGCGGGGCGGUUCCCGCUCCGGAGGGCCCCGCAGCCAUGUCCACCUUCCGCCAGGAGAGCGUGGAGGACUUCUAUGAGAUGGGAGAGGAGCUGGGCAGCGGGCAGUUCGCCAUCGUCAGGAAGUGCCGGGAGAGGAAGACGGGGCUGGAGUACGCGGCCAAGUUCAUCAAGAAGCGGCGGCUGUCGUCGAGCCGCAGGGGCGUGAGCCGCGAGGAGAUCGAGCGCGAGGUGGACAUCCUGCGCGAGAUCCAGCACCCCAACAUCAUCACCCUGCACGACAUCUUCGAGAACAAGACCGACGUGGUGCUCAUCCUGGAGCUGGUGUCCGGCGGGGAGCUCUUCGACUUCCUGGCCGAGAAGGAGUCGCUGACGGAGGAGGAGGCAACGCAGUUCCUCAAGCAGAUCCUGGACGGGGUGCACUACCUGCACUCCAAGCGCAUCGCCCACUUCGACCUGAAGCCAGAGAACAUCAUGCUGCUGGACAAGAACGUGCCGAACCCUCGCAUCAAACUCAUCGACUUCGGGAUCGCCCACAAGAUCGAGGCUGGGAAUGAGUUCAAGAAUAUCUUUGGGACCCCAGAGUUUGUAGCCCCAGAAAUUGUGAACUACGAGCCCCUGGGGCUGGAGGCCGACAUGUGGAGCAUCGGGGUCAUCACCUACAUCCUGCUGAGCGGAGCCUCCCCGUUCCUGGGGGAGACGAAGCAGGAGACGCUGACCAACAUCUCCGCUGUCAACUACGACUUCGAUGAGGAAUAUUUCAGCAACACCAGUGAGCUGGCCAAGGACUUCAUCCGCCGCCUGCUGGUCAAGGACCCCAAGAAGCGAAUGACCAUCGCCCAGAGCCUGGAGCACCCUUGGAUUAAGGUGAUCAAGAGGAGGAACGUCCGCAACGAGGACAGCUGCAAGAAGCCCGAACGGCGCCGGCUGAAGACCACGCGCCUGAAGGAGUACACCAUCAAAUCCCACUCCAGCAUGCCCCCCAACAACACCUACAUCAACUUCGAGCGCUUCUCCAAGGUCAUGGAGGAGGUGGCCGCGGCCGAGGAGAGCCUCCGAGAGCUGGAGAGGAACAAGAAGUCCUUCCAGGAGGACAUCGAGGCGCUGCUGUCCAUCUACGAGGAGAAGGAGUCGUGGUACAAAGAGGAGAACGAGAGCAUCAGCCAGGACCUGCGGCAGAUCCGGCAGGAGCUGCAGAAGACGGAGGCGCUGAAGAAGCAGGCGCAGGAGGAGACCAGGAGCGUGGUGCAGGCGGCCAACGGGCUCAAGCGGCGCUACCGCAAGCUGGAGAACCACUACGAGGCCCUGGCCAAGCAGGUGGCCUCGGAGAUGAAGUUUGUGCAGGAGCUGGUGUGGUCCAUCGAGCGCGAGAAGCUGCAGAGCAGCGAGGGUGACGGCAGCAUCCGCUAACCCUGCUCACCCCCGGGGGCUCUGGUGUCCCUGCUCCUCCCCGGGGGCUCUGGUGUCC